AUGUAUGUUCUGAAGUUCCAAUCAUCAGAUCAGUUGCAUUUCUUUUGGCUACAGGACCCCGAUAAAUCACUCAGCGGCCCUACAGAAAGCAUAGGCUCAUCUAUUAGAGCAUCAAACAAUAGUGUACAGGCUCCUACUGGGCCUCUCAAUCCUGAGCAGCUCAACUCAGUUGUCCAAGAAAUCCUCCGUAACUUACAAGGGCACAGCCGUGCAGGGGUGGCUCCAGAUGUGGCGCUCUCGGAUAUUCUUACACCUUCCAUAUUGGCCACAGUUUUGCAAGAUUCCGAAGUAGUGAAUUCUCUCACACAGUUUCUACCCGUAGAACUGCUUUCUUCCCCCUAUGCCACGCAGGUUCCGUUACAAGAAGUAAUGAAACAAACUGUGGCGUCUGCUCCCUUUCGCUCGUCUGUGCGUUCGCUCGACCAGGCGCUAUCUACUGGACUUUUGGGUGGAUUAGUCACCAGUUUGGGGAUGCCGGUUGAGGCUGGGUUGGGUAUACAUCCUUUCCUCGAAGCCAUCGAAAAGCAAGCAAGGGGCCACGGGAAAACUACGCGGGACAAAGGGGGACGAGAAAAAAGAUUAGGUGUCAUACAUCGUAGAUAG